AGUGUAGGCUGGGCUGGAGCCGUGCUAGUAAACGAAAGGAACUGUGGGAACCCAUGUGCAGACCGGAAGACAGAGAGGUACAUGAAGCAGGAAGUAACGGAGUUUCAGCUGGGAUUGCGGGCGAACGGAAUGAGCAAUUUAGACGGGGACCAGGUCAUUAUGAAGCUAUCACGAUAUAUAAAAGAAGAAAAUAUUUUUUUAAGUGAAAAUGAAGAUUGGAUAACACGACUAGAUAUUCAGAAUUGGGUAACAAGAGGAUAUACUGGAAAUGUAAAAACAUCUAAAAUGGUUGUCGGAAGAUUUGAUGCAUCUUUUCUUGAAGAUAAACAGCUGGAUAUUAAUCCCCAGAUAAUAACAUGGAGACAGAACUCAAUCCCUAAAGGUCGGUGCAGUGAGUCCUGUCUGCCAGGAACCCGAAAAGUUCUCAGAGAAGGAUAUUACAUCUGUUGCUAUGACUGUAUUCCAUGUCCAGACGGAGAAUUUACAAUCCAUUCAGAUAGUGAAAAUUGCCAGAAAUGUCCUGAAGAUGAAUGGCCAAAUGAGAUAAAGAACACUUGUGUUGUGAGGGAUUAUGAGUUUCUCUCAUAUGAAUCUGAUGUUGUUUCUUUAGUCUUCUCCAUCAUCUCCAUAUUAUUCUCUCUUAUAACUGUAUUUAUAAUUGGAAUAUUCACUUUAUUCUGGAAAUCUCCCAUUGUCAGAGCCAAUAACCGGAACCUAAGCUUCAUUCUCCUGACCUCUCUCAUGUUCAGCUUACUCUGUGUGUUUCUAUUCAUCGGUCGUCCAGUGGAUAUAACCUGCAUGCUGAGACAAAUCUUCUUUGGGAUCUUCUUCACAGUAGCCGUGUCUUCUGUCCUGGCCAAGACCAUCAUAGUCUGCAUAGCAUUCAAGGCCACCAGACCAGACAGCUCCUGGAGAAAGUGUGUGGGGGUUAAGCUUCCUUAUUCUGUAGUGUUGGUCUGUUCAUCUCUUCAGAUCCUGAAUGCAGUUAUCUGGUUGUCAUUGUCUCCUCCAUAUCAAGAACUUAACCUGGAUUAUCCUGGGAAGAUCAUCAUUCAGUGUAAUGAAGGGUCUGUCUUGGCCUUUUACCUCAUGUUGGGUUAUAUGGGGUUUCUGGCGGCUGUGAGUUUUGUUCUAGCUUUCAUGGUGAGGACAUUACCUGAUAUCUAUAAUGAAGCCAAGUACAUCACCUUCAGCAUGCUGGUGUUCUGCAGUGUCUGGAUCGGUGCCAUCCCGGCCUAUCUGAGCAGUGCAGGGAAACACAUGGUCACUGUAGAGAUAUUUGCCAUAUUGGCCUCAGGUGGAGGAAUAUUGAUCUGCAUGUUUCUACCUAAAUGUUACAAUAUCCUGAUGGAGCCUGAAGUGAACAAUAAAAUGGUGAACUCUAAAGAUAAUGUCUCUGGAUUUUGCUGGGUCUGGGUGUUUCGCUCUGAGGGCUCUGUGAGCCCUGUCCAAUUCCAGUGGAGUGUCCUGAGGUUUUUGGAGUAUGCCGUUAAAGAUGUCAUCAAGGUGAUCUAUUUUCGCCGCUUGGUGGAGGAAGAGAUUCUUUGUGGCUUCUUGUAG